AUGCCUCCAGAGAAGAGAAACAUGUCGCAGGCGACUACUGAGCCAAGCAAGAAGCGCGCGCCUUAUACCCCGCGAGCUUGCGAUACUUGCCGCAAGAGAAAGGGCCGGUGCAACGGACGCAGACCUUGCGAGUACUGUCUCGGUCGUUCCUUUCAAUGCCACUAUACGCUCAAUCUCGACGAGAAUCGAAAUGAGCAGCCUCACAUCUCCGGCAGUCACACGCAGCAGGCGGGUCGUGAUCCUCGUGAGAAUGGGUCAGAGCGGCUGGAUUCCCUGGGAGAACUUGUAGCAAACAUGCAAGGACAACUGAAUGCUCUUGUUGCGCAUAUGAAAAUGUCCAGCGACAUGUUAGCUCCUGAAUUGACGCGGAGACCUGGAGAACCAGGAGUGCACGGAACUAUGCCUUCUUCCGAGCCACCGGCCAUGAUUGAAUUCCCUAACAGUAGCGCACUAUCCCCAACAACCGAUUCUGGAAGCAAUACUCGUCCUUCAAGACGCGCCAUGAAUGUCUUUUGUGGGCCGACCAGUCCAGAGUAUAGUCUGAAUGCCGCACAGAGGAAAAUGCAACAUGAGGCAAUGACCGGGGUGAAAUCGAGACAAACAAUGGCUCCUAGCAUCGAUGACGAGCAGGAUCAGAACAGCAGCCAAGCAAGCGAAAGCCCCAUGUACCUGCAACGGCCUUCAGAACAAACACAUCAAGCAUCAUUGCUGAGAUUCAGGAACAUGAUACCUUUGCCAGAAGCUAUCAGACUUUUGCGCGUUUACAACAAUGUUAUUGGGGAGCUGCAUCCGAUAUGUGACAUCGAAGAACUGAUCAAGAAGAUCGAGACAUAUUACAGUCGGUCCGAUUCUGAGAGAAGCAUGAUGACGAGCCACAACACUCCCAUAGACGAAGAUGACCUACUUAUGGUGAACUUGGCAAUCGCGAUUGCUCUGAGCGCUGAGUCCGGGUCGUCUUCAGACGCAGACAAAACGAUUUACGACAACUGCUCAGAGAUAAUCAAAUCCAAAUUAGCGUCUACUACAGAAGAUAUAAAGCAAGUCAGCAUUAUCCUUCUUGUGGGCAUUCAUCAUUUUUUCAAGGCUGCGAUACGUCUUGCCUGGCGCAUGUGCGGCCUUGCAGGUCGGAUGGCCAUGGAACUAGGACUGCACAAUCAGGAAAUGUCUCAACAUUGUCUCGAGAGCGAUGAUCAACGGACUGCGGUCGUCAACUUGUCAUGCAGCAUCCUCGUGCUAGAUCGUCAAUGGAGUGCGGCAGCUGGGCUUCCCAACAACUUUCAGGAAUCCGAUUUUGAUGCUGCCAUCGUCUCUGCAGUAAAGGUCCCAUAUAUGAAGUCCAUGAUGACCUUCACGUUCAUGAGCCACAAAUUCAAUGAGCCAAUUUCAAAAGCCGCGAAAGGAGAAGCCUACACGGACGAUGAUUCCUUUGAAGUUACGAACUUCCUGAUUGAACAGUGGAGAAAGAGGUUCCUUGAAAAUCACAACUUCGCCGAUCCGUCAAUGUGGGAAAGCAUGCCUUCGACUCGACCUCCUUCGUGGACUAUCAUACUAUAUCUCCGAGCCAAUUCGGUCCGAAGUAUUCUUCUGCGACCGUUUUUCCUCUCCGAUUCUGCCACCGAUGCAAGCAAGAGACACAUCGCGCCGGCACUGGAUUUUAUUACCGAUUCGAUCAACAUCCUCUCCGUCUUGGAUCGGACUACGAACAUCUACAGAACUCAACACCCCUUUCUCCAACAUUUCUUGGCCGGAGCAUGUGCGUUGCUUUUCCUCCUUCUCGUGCACACGGCACAAAAUCGGGCAGCCAUCUCUCCGAGCCUCCCCCACGACUUCUUGACCAAAGUCAACAAAAACUUCUGGAAGGCUCUGGAUCUGUCUCAAUCAUAUGUUGGCCUGUCGAUCUCUUCGCGUAAACUACACAAACGGCUGACCACGAUCAAAGAACCACUUCUCCGAGUGGGCUUUCUCUCCAACGAUGAAUGCCCAGCUCAUCUUAUCCAGCCGGACCCAGGGGUCAUGCAGCAGAUACCUUACCCUCUCAGCCAGGGACCAAUGGUGCCAGAGCAACUACCGACGGCGCAACAAGGUCUGGGGCAGACUCGUAACGGGGAGUUACAGCCUGUCACAAUGGCUUCUGCAUUUUCUGACUUUUGGAACCCCAUGUUCGGAGCGAGCCCAGGUGAUAGUGCGUUCAAUGCGAAUUUUGAGUUUUCAGAUUACGACUGGCCGUCCGGCGAGCUUGCGAAUUGUCUCCUGUUGGAUGGCUCUUCUGGGUUUUGA